UUUUACAGUCGCCGUACAUAAGAUUAAAAUAUUAAUCUAUGUACUAUAAUUCGUAGACACUACCGUACCUGUAUAUCGUUAUCGGUCCGUACGUAAAAGCACAUCGUAAAUUGAUCACAUGUGAGUCAAGUCAGGUGCGGACCGACCGCGAAUUACCAGCAAUUGUAACAUUUACUCGUAAAUAUUUACCACAAAUGUUCCCCGCACAGUGAUCAAACAUAGACCGGUUCUAUUUGAAAGAAAUUAUCACCAUUUCAAAGUACAAAAUGUUACGGAUUAGUCAACUUGUGAUCGUGUUUAUUGUCGCGCUGAAGCAGGUCGAGAGCGAUGCUUCACGAAAGAUUUCUGUUACAAUAUACUACGAGAGCCAGUGUCCGGACAGCAAGAAUUUCAUUUUAAACCAACUGGAACCAUCUAUACGCAACCUGCAGAAAUAUAUAACUCUGCAUUUUGUGCCUUUUGGAAAAGCUACAAGUGUUAACCAAGGGUACGAUGGUUUCCUAUGUCAGCACGGUCCCACCGAGUGUACCGGCAAUAUGGUGCAGAGCUGCGCGCUGGAUCUCAUGCAGGAACGAAACGACGUGGAAAAGGUUCUAUAUGUCGUCUGCGAAAUGAUGACUGAGGCAGGAACUAGAAAGGAUAUGAAGUGCGUUAAGAGGAUGGGUCUCCGAGCUCGUGAUGUGAGAGAAUGCAUGAACUCAAAUUUAGGGACAGUGUUGCAGCUGGAGGCUGAAAAGGCCACUAAUUACAUUAGACCGAAGUUCAUACCCACCAUCACCAUAGACGGGAGGUUCGACCAACAUAUACAAAAUUCUGCGUUUGCAGACUUCCCCGGGACGAUUUGUUCGAUACUUGGAGACGUACCACCUUGCGUUGACAACUUCAAUAAAGUAGUCCUUCGAUACGGUUUAAUAUAAACAGACAAUAAAUUAAUAUUUCGUACAUAAUUUUAUCGUUUUCAGUGAUGUUUUUCUUUCCUUCCUUUUUUAAGAU